UUCUGUGUUCCCUGAAGAACUACAUGUACCAAACUGCUUUGCUACACCUGAACCUUGAUAGAAUCCAUAUGUUUAGAAUCAAGUGAACAACUGCUGACAUCUACACACUAGAACUGCUUCACUGCUGUUUUCUAUCAAUCUUGGGCAACUAAGGUCUGGCUUGAGUGUCUCUGUCUCUCUUUUUUUCUCUCUCUCUCAUUCUUUGCUUUCUCCCUCCCUUACUCUUUCUCUCCAGAGUCCUCGGGCCGAACACAACUCUUCUUGAAGCCGUGAACAGAGAGAGAAGCAGGAAGGUUAGAUUUGAAUAAGUUGUUCAGCCAUGUUUGCUCUUGGCUUCUUCCUGUUGACUGGACUGGUAUGUCAGAGUUUGGGUCAGUAUGAUUACUAUGAAGAGUACCAAUUCCCCUCCGCACCACUGGAGGAACCGUCAUCUCCACAUUGCUCCCAGGAGUGUGAAUGUCCCUUCAGCUUCCCCACAGCCAUGUACUGCAACGGGCGCGACUUGAAGUUCAUCCCUAUUGUGCCGAGUGGCAUCAAAUACCUCUACCUACAGGACAACCAUAUUGAGGAGAUCAAGGCUGGCGUGUUUGACAAUGCUACCGACCUUCGCUGGCUCAUUCUUGACAACAACAACAUCACCAGCGACAAGAUUCAGGGUGGUACCGUUGAUAAACUGAAGAAACUGGAGAAGCUCCAUUUUAGUAAUAACAAGCUGACCAAACCCCCUGGUUCUCUUUCAAAGUCUUUGGAUGAGUUGAAGUUGACUGGCAACCAGCUGAGCUCGUUCCCUGCUAACACCUUGUCUGGGAUGGAAAACCUGACCACCCUCCACCUGUCCAAGAACAAGUUGACCACCGAGAGCAUCACAGGUGCCUUCAAAAGCCUGAAGUCCCUCGUUCUGCUGGACGUGAGCGAGAACAAGCUCAAGAAACUUCCCUCGGGAGUUCCACCUUCACUUCUGAUGCUCUACGCUGACCAUAACGACAUAGACAGCAUUCCUAAUGGCUACCUUGCCAAGCUGCCAGCCCUGCAGUACCUGCGUGUCUCUCACAACAAGCUGGUGGACUCUGGAAUCCCUGCAGGUGUGUUCAACGUGUCUUCUCUCCUUGAGCUCGACCUGUCUUUUAACAAGCUGAAGAGCAUUCCGGAGAUCAGCGAAUCGCUUGAGCAUCUGUACUUGCAAGUCAACCAGAUAAACAAGUUUGACCUUGCAAAUAUCUGCAAGUUCAGCUCCCCGGUCAACUACUCUCGACUCAGGACCCUGCGCUUGGAUGGAAACAACAUCACACACAGCAGUCUGCCAGAUGACACGGCCAACUGCCUUCGCCAGGCCUCAGAGAUCAUCUUUGAUUAAAUUCACAUCUCGCCAAUAGUUUAUCAAAUACAUUAAGGCUAUUACUCUUAUUAGACACUCUUGAGUGACAUCUGCACGUCUUUAGUCAUGAUUCCGGCAAGCACAUCUGUUUAUAUGCACACUGACAACAAUAUUUUCUCUCUAAAAUGUUGAUGAACACAUCUGUAGGUAAAAUGGGCAGCAGUAGUCUGGAAUCUUGAAAAUCUGGCACAUAAAAUGUCAAUCUUGUAUGGUACUGUAUGAAGAGUAGUAGUCGAAUUAGACAAGAUAUUCCCACCUAAAAAAAAGACAUAUUUGUGCAAAUUGUGAUUAGCCCAGUGUGUACUCCAUAAGAA